AUGGACGGGUCAUCUCUGGCAAGUACUAAAGAUACUGCUGGCGAAAGCAGUGAUACAGCAUCGACUAGUUAUCAGCCUGCUCCCGACAUGAGUGCCGAACAAGAAUUUUUUCUCUAUGAGCUAGAAACUACAGAUUCUGGGAGCAUAGGAUUAGUGUUGAGAGCAAUUUAUGAUUGCGGUGAUGUUCGGAAGUUCAGUCGUGCUCUUGAACACAGGAUUCAUCAGUACGACAGAAAUAUUCAGAAGGUGUGUUCGUUCCAUUAUCAAGGCUUUGUGGACUCCAUGAAAGAACUGUUGUUGCUCAAGGAUCGCUGUGGUGGUAUAAAGGAUGAUGCGACAUAUAUUGAUUCACAAAUUCAGGCGGCAAGUGAGGACUUGUCAAAGAAAAGUGAAGAAAUUGUGAAGUACAGGAAAUUGGUAAAGAAUGCCUCUACUGCUAUUGACCAAAUAUCGGUGUGCCUUCCCGUUUUGGAGAAUUAUGCGAAAUUACAAGAGCUUAUGCAGCUUAAAAAGUACUACCAAGCUUUGAAAGUCUUAGAAGAGUUGGAACACACACAUUUAGCUCUCGUUGAGAAGUAUCGCUUUACUCAGAUAUUGGCCAAAACCAUGUCUCCUGUGCGCAGUGAGAUAAAAGUCAAGGCGUAUUCCGAAUUCAAGGACUUUUUGGAGAAUAUUAAGAAAGUUGCUUGCCGGGUUGGAAGACACGCUAGUCGAUGCGUACGUGGCUUUUCCUCCGGAUAUACAAAUUACAUUGUUUCUAACUAG